AUGAGUUAUUCUCAGGAAGAAAUAGAAAAAAAGCGUUUGUUAGCCUUACAACGUAAACAACAUGCUCAGUCAAAAAGUAAUUUGAGUGGCUCUACAAAUAUUAGAAGUAAUAUUCUUUCUAGUAAUAGCAAUAUUAUUGUCAAGGAAAAUAAGUCAAUUAAUGUCACUAAAUCUCUUGGAAAUGGUGCAACAAAAUAUGUUGACUUCAAAGCAAAGUUUGGAAAUAACCUCAAUAAAAGCAAUACAAACUUCAAUAAACACAAGGAACGUUUUAAUCCUAUUUCAACACAGAAUUUUUUUGGCCAAAAAUCUCGCAUUACAGGAAAAUGUUACAUGAUAACUGAUGAAAGAUUUACAUUGGAAACAUCAUCAUACUUCGUUCCACUUAUUGAAACAUUGAAAACAAUUCCAAGUAGAUCAUAUGACAUGAAAACAAAAACCUGGAAUUUUUUGUUAAAAGAUUAUGAAACUGUAAUGGAGAAAAUCAUUCAUUUCAAAGCUGACAUACAAGUAGUGGGAAUACCACAGAUAAUUGUUCAGAUAUUCAGAAAAAAUUCUACCUCAGAGAAAAUUGUUGAUAAUAUAGAUUUAUCAAACAUUGAUCCUCACUUAGUAGAGAGUUUAAUGCCCUUUCAGCGGGAAGGAAUAUGCUAUGGAAUAUCUAAAUCUGGUCGUUGCAUGAUUGCUGAUGACAUGGGUCUGGGUAAAACCAUUCAAGCAUUAGGCAUUGCACACAACUUCAGAAGUAAUUGGCCUCUACUUAUCGUUGCGCCAUCAUCCGUUAGAUAUCACUGGUCAGAAUCAAUAUAUACAUUUUUGCCAUCAGUGCCUGCACAGUACAUUCAUCAUUAUUCAAGUACAAAAGACUUUUUGGAUAAUAACAACAUUGUUAUUACAACUUAUGAUCUUAUAGUGCGAGCCGUAGAUACAUUCACACGCCGAAGCUUUGGUUUUGUUAUUUUGGAUGAAUCUCAUGCUUUAAAAAAUGUAAACACUGCAAGAUUUAAGGCUAUUCAAUGUGUAGUUGCACAAGCACGUCAUGUUGUUUUGCUUUCUGGAACUCCUGCUCUAUCAAGGCCCAUAGAAUUAUAUUCUCAGAUAAAUCUUAUAAUGCCUACGUUUAUGGGAUAUCAGGAAUAUGGUAUUCGAUAUUGUGCAGGAGAAAAAGCUUCAUAUGGAUGGGUUUUUUUAGGGUCAUCAAACAUGCAAGAAUUGCAAUUGUUAUUAAAACACACUUGCGUAAUUCGAAGGUUAAAAAAUGACGUUUUAAAUCAAUUACCAAAGAAAAAGAGAGAAAUUGUUAUACUAGAUCCAGAUUUAAUACAAGCUGGUACCAAGGAAAUGUUAAAAAUAUCCAAAACUUUAGAACGUAAUGUUUUAACUGGUGUAAAAAGACAUAAUACUCUUAUACAGUAUUAUAAUGAAUCCAGUAUUGCUAAACAGAAAGCUAUAUGUGAUUAUAUCUCAAAACUAUUUAAAGCUAAAGAGAAGUUUAUUAUAUUUGCCCAUCAUCGUAAUAUUUUGGAUGCCAUUUGUGAUGUUGCAGAAUCAAUGAAAAUAAAAUAUAUUAGAAUUGACGGUACUACAAAUCCUGAACGUAGAAAAUCUGAAGUUGAUAAGUUUCAAUCUUGCGAAGACUAUGUGGCAGCAAUUUUAUCAAUUACAGCAGCAAAUGCGGGGAUUACGUUGACAGCUGCGCAACUCGUAGUUUUUGCAGAAUUGUUUUGGAAUCCGGGAAUUCUGUGUCAAGCAGAAGAUAGAGCACAUAGAAUUGGUCAAAAUGAAAAUGUUUUGAUUCAGUAUUUGGUUGCGAAACAAACGUCAGAUGAUUAUUUAUGGCCAUUAAUCCAGAAGAAAAUGAACGUAUUAAAUGAAGCUGGACUUGAUCAAGAAUUUUCACUUAAAGAUAUUGACGUUACAAAACAUGCCUUACGUUCAAUGCAAACAACUUUAGAUAUUUUUAUAGACAAGGAACAAUACGAAUAUAAAGCUGACGAAAAAAUUGUACAAAGCAACGAAAAUAGUGAAAAUAUCUCGUUAGAAAGUUUGUCUCCUGCAACAACAGAUGAAUUUAAAGGUUUACUUGAAUUCAAUGAAGAAGACUUUGGUGAUUGGGAUGACAUGAAAUGA